AUGGAAAACACCUUGGACUUGCUCAAGGAACUCACCGGUGACCCAAAGGUAAUGUGGGUCGUCGGUGGCGGUUCAGUGGUCAGCGAAAACCACGCUGACGGCAUCACGCAGCCGGAAGUGCACAACGGCUGGGCCACCAUCGAGGCGGACAAUUGGCACUUCCACCUGCAGUUGGAAAAGAUCGACGGCAUACAGUUCGUCGAGGCUACGAGCCACGGCGACCUGAAGUCCUAUUACGUCAGGUUUUCCCACAAUUGGGACGAAACCCUGGUGCGCUGCUAUUUCCCUAAUCCCUAUCUGGACGACGAUGAGAAGCGUACCGAGUUCCAACCUGAAAAACUGCGCGCCUUCGAAGAGGCCCGCGACCGUUUGGGUCGGUAA